GUUCGUCACGUCGCAGUUGCCCCCGCAUAGCGGAUGUGUGUCGCCGCUUAGGUGACGCUGAGAAGUGCUUGCAGCCGCCGCCGCUGCCUUCUGGUUGAAGCACUAUGGAGGGAGAGAGGAAGAACAACAAUAAACGGUGGUAUUUUACUCGAGAACAACUGGAAAAUAGCCCGUCUCGUCGUUUUGGCUUGGAUCCAGAUAAAGAACUUUCUAAUCGCCAGCAGGCGGCCAAUCUGCUCCAGGACAUGGGCCAACGUCUUAACGUCUCACAAUUGACUAUCAACACUGCUAUAGUAUACAUGCAUCGAUUCUACAUGAUUCAGUCCUUUACACAGUUCCAUCGAAACUCUGUGGCUCCAGCAGCCUUAUUUUUAGCAGCCAAAGUAGAGGAGCAGCCAAAAAAAUUGGAACACGUCAUCAAGGUAGCACACACUUGUCUCCAUCCACAGGAAUCACUUCCUGAUACCAGGAGUGAGGCUUACCUGCAGCAGGUUCAAGAUCUGGUGAUACUAGAAAGCAUAAUUCUGCAGACUUUAGGCUUUGAACUAACAAUUGAUCACCCACAUACACAUGUGGUAAAGUGCACUCAACUUGUUCGAGCAAGCAAGGACUUAGCACAAACUUCUUACUUCAUGGCAACCAACAGGUUUAUAUUUUAAUAUUUUUCUCUUCUCUUUUUGGGGUAGUACUUUACUUGGGUUGGAAUUGUCACUUUUUGUUGGGUAUUUGGAAAGAUGAUAGGUCUGGCACUUAGUAAAUUAGAAGCCAAAGAUCUAGUCAAGGAUCUCUGAUAUUAAUAGAAUGUGUUAUAGACAAGUCCAUGGUAAAUGUUGAUUUUUCUGCACAGUUGUCAUGCGUGCCUUAAAAUUUCCAUGCUGCUUUUUAAACUUGUUAAGGUGAUACAAUAUUUUUGUGUCUGAUUGAUAGCCAACUUAAUUCUGCAUUUGUUACUUUGCAUUAAAAUAUCCAAAAGCAUAGUUCUGAAAGUUUAUUUAAACUUGGAUUUCAUUGCCAGUCGGUGACUGAAAGCUGAUUUAGAGGAUUCUGCUAUAAUUGUGGUAUUUUAAAAGGUUCUUUUUGUCUUCACUCACUCCCAGAUAAAUGGGCACAUACAUGUGCAAAGAGUUGUGACAUUUUUUCUUUUUCGUUCCCUUUUUAAGGAAAAAAAUUAACACAUAACUUGUAUUACCAAAUGAUUUGCUCAUUCUUAUCUCCGAUCUACUGCGUAGUUCUUGGAAACCAAAGAUACUUCUAAUGACCGUCGAGGCUAAGAAGUUCAUUUUUAUAGCCUGAUGGGAGAGAUUUUAAAAAUAAACUAUCAAGCAUAUUCACACUUGAGAGAGUGAUUAUCUAUUCAUUAUUUAAAAGAGACCAGACCUAUGACUGGCAAGAAGUAAGAUAAUUUUUAGGAUAGUUCCUUAAGUAUUUGAUUUAGGGAUUGUACAUAUUAAAAGUCUUAAAGUUUUUCUUAUCUUCGGAACUUCUUCUCAGGAUGAUUAAUCCUUAUUUAAAAAAACUGAGUACUCAGUCUUUUAUUUUUGUUUUUAUUUUUUCCGGUCCUUCAUCAGUGUGUGGAUUAAAUGAUGUAUAGUCAAAAAAAUUAGAAAAGUUGUUACCUGAGCAGAUGGGUUAAUGGAAAGAUUAGGUUGGGUGUUGGAUCAGAGCUCUGGCUAUUUCU